GCAUGCGCGGUGCGUCUGUUGUGAAGCGGCCGCCGCCGCCUCCUCCUCCUCUUCUCUCUCUCUCUCUUCUCCUCCUCCUCCUUUAAUUUGGCUCAGCCUUGACAUCGCCGCCGCCAUGAAGUUCGUCUACAAGGAGGAGCACCCCUUCGAGAAGCGCCGCUCCGAGGGGGAGAAGAUCCGCAAGAAGUACCCGGAUCGAGUCCCGGUGAUUGUGGAGAAAGCACCCAAGGCUCGGAUAGGAGAUCUGGACAAGAAGAAAUACCUUGUCCCCUCAGACCUCACAGUUGGACAGUUCUAUUUCCUGAUCCGGAAAAGGAUCCACCUUCGAGCUGAGGAUGCGCUCUUCUUUUUUGUGAACAAUGUCAUCCCCCCGACCAGUGCUACCAUGGGGCAGCUCUAUCAGGAACAUCACGAGGAGGACUUCUUCCUGUACAUUGCCUACAGCGACGAGAGCGUCUAUGGCGGCCUGUGAGGCGCGCCUCCACCUGCCGCCACCAGGGGGCGCCUGCCCCUGAAGGGACCCUGCACUUUUUGUUGUUGGUUGUUGUUGAUUUUAUGUUAAAGAGCCUUUGGCCCAGGAAGGGGGGGGGUCUAGUCUUUCUUUCUUUUCCUCCCCCCCCGCCCUUUUAACCUCCUUUCCUCAUAACCUCACUUCUUUCACCUGUCCCCCCCCCCCCCCGCGCUCUCAUUGGGCUGAUUUUGUUUUUGAGGUGGUUACAUGGCUGAAAGCAAAAUACCUCUUUCUUCUUCUUCUUCUUCCUCCUCCGUUCUUUGUAACUCCUUCGCACAUACCUGCUUUUCCUCCCUCUCUCAGCCCCAACUUCUCCCUUUCCUCCUUUUUCUUUCCUUUCAAAGGGACGGGGAGGUUUCAGUUUUUCAACAUUUCCUCCCCUGUUUUGAACUUGCCACUUUACUACCACACCCUGAUUUUUGUUUCUGUCAGGGUUGCGUUCUGCCUGGCAGUUUCUGUAACCAAUGGGGACGGGGAAUGCUAAUUAAAAGUAUAUAAGAAGAAA